GCGGAAAGGCGACGCGGCACGGGGAAGACCCGGAAAAGCGGUGUCGCCCAAGGAAUGGGGCCCUCGCGGCUCUGCUGCGCAUGCUCGCGCCGUGACCCCAGUUUGAGGUGACGGCCGGGGCCGAGGAGGGGCCCCCCAUCACUGAGACCGAGGGACCGGCCACUGCUCUGCCGCCGGACAGGGAGGGCUCCGCCGCCUGCGGACGGAACCGUGGCCAGGGAAGAGGAGCUCACGGAGGACAAGACGCCUGCUGGGGCUGAGUGUGCCUGAGGCCGGGCGCUGGGUGGCGCCAUGCCCCUGCCCGAGCCUGGCGAACAGGAGGGUGAGAGCGUGCCGGCUGGCCAGGAGCCGGCCCCGGGGCCAGGCACGCACGCUGUCUCCACGGCCCCCAGGAAGCCCAGGAAGUUCUCCAAGCUGGUCCUGCUGACGGCCUCCAAGGACAGCGCCAAGGCGGCCGGGGCCAAGCGCAGGGGCGUGCACUGCAUCAUGUCCCUGGGGCCGCCCGGCCCCGCCACCCUGGCCAGGGCCCUCCUCAAGACCCACCCUGAGGCCCAGCGGGCCAUCGAGGCGGCCCCCCAGGAGCCCGAGCAGAAGCGCCACAAGCUGGCUCCGGGUAGCUGGGCGGUGCCGGGGAUCUCACCUCAUGGAUGGAAAUUUGGGGACACAGACACAAAAGAAGCGGACAGAUUAGCACGGGGCCCUCCUGCAGGGGGUGGGGAGGAGGCCCCCGCGGCCCCAAGCGCGUCCCCAGGACCCUGACCAAGACCUGACCUGGGAGCAGCGGCCUCUCCUCCACAGGGCCGGGGUCCGGCUGUCGACAGUCUUUCAACAUGACAUUUUUUUCUUUCUUUUUUUUUAUAUUAAGCAUAAGAUACUUUUGUAAGCAGAAAAAAAAAAAUUUCUGAAAGAGAAUAAAGCAGCUGCGUGCUAGCUGUGGUCCUGG